AGUCCAUUAAUAUAAAAAAACUAAUCAAAUUUUCUUAUUUUUAUUUUACGGUCGAAAUGUAAAUGGCCUCAUAAAUGAAAAUGGAACAAAAGGAAAAUAGUCGAAUAAACGAAGGACUGUUUGGGGAAGGAGUUUCAAAGGCUGUUCUUAAGAAAUUCCCGCGUCUCCGAACUCCCACCGCCGGUGAAUCUCAAAAUGACGAGGUCGAUUGUUUUUUGCCUCCUCAUCUCCGCCUUCUCCCUCCUCGCACCACCGGUCACGGCGGAGAUCAAAUCCUUAAAAGUCGAAUCAGACAAUCGCCCCAUGAUCCUUUUUGAGAAGUUCGGAUUCACGCACAGAGGAUUCGCCUCCGUCGCCAUCUCCUCCGUCUCCGUCACCUCUGACCUGUCACAAGCUGAUCCCUCCCGCCUUGGUUUCUUCCUUCUCUCCGAAGGUUCGUUAAACCAAGUUCUUACCGAAUUUAAGCGAAAACCUAAUUUCUGUGUAGUCGAUUCCAAAUAUAUCUCCCUUCUUUUCACCUUCCAGGAUCUAUCUCCUCCGCCUCAUUCCUCGCUCAAUAAAUCCUACCCAAUUAACUACCCCGACGAGUACUCUCUCUUCUUCGCUAAUUGCAACCGUGAAUCCCUUGUUUCAAUGAACGUCCGCACAGAGCUUUACAAUACCGACGAUGGCAACCACAGAGAUUACUUAUCCGCCGGCCAAACACAGCUCCCAUCCUUUUACUUCCUUUUCUCCAUCAUUUACCUGUGUUUCCUAGUUCUCUGGAUACUCGAAUGCUUUAACAACAAAGGAUCCGUUCACCGGAUCCAUUUCCUGAUGGCCGUGUUGCUGAUCCUGAAAUCACUCAACUUACUAUGUGCGGCGGAGGAGAAACAUAAGGUAAAAGUUACAGGUACAGCCCAUGGAUGGGAUGUGUUGUUCUACACGUUUCAGUUCUUGAAGGCGGUGCUUUUGUUCACCGUGAUCGUGUUGAUCGGUACUGGAUGGUCGUUUCUGAAACCAUUCUUGCAAGAAAAGGAGAAGAACGUGCUAAUGAUUGUGAUCCCACUUCAGGUUUUAGCAAACAUAGCUUCCACAGUAAUUGGGGAAACUGGGCCAUUCAUUCAGAAUUGGGUAACAUGGAACCAAUUGUUCUUGUUGGUAGAUCUCAUCUGUUGUUGCGCCAUUCUUCUUCCUAUCUUCUGGUCGAUUAGUUUAUUGAGGGAGACCUCGAAGACAGAUGGAAAAGCUGCUACGAAUUUGGCGAAGCUGACUCUUUUUAAGCAGUUUUAUGUGUUGGUGAUUGGAUACUUGUAUUUCACAAGACUGGUUGUUUAUUCCCUGAAAACGAUAUCUUCUUAUAAGUUCGAGUGGGUGGCUAAUGGGGCGGAGGAAGUUGCUAGUGUUGCGUUUUAUAUAAUCAUGUUCUUCAUGUUCAGGCCGAUCGAUAAGAACAAAUACUUUCUUAUUGAUGGUGAAGAAGAGAAGGAUGCCGAGAGGACCCUGCGGGAGGAUGGGGACUUCCAGCUUGCUGUAGAUAAUUUGUAAAUAUUUUACCUUCAUUUGUUUUGUUUUGUUUUUUUUUUUUUUUUUUUUUUUUUUUUUUUUUUGUAAAUUUAUCUCUCGCAUAAUUUGUAAAUCAUAGAAGAAAGCUACUUGUUCAACCUUACUUUUAUUUAUAUAUUUUUUAACUUAGAGUUAAUUUAUUCCAAAUUAUAUUAAAAUGGUUUGUGGUGACACAUGUAUAACAUCAGGGCAAGAUAAAAAUUUUAUGCCCUUUUUUAUUUACU